CUAAGGUGCAGUCAAGUUAGUUCGUUCCAUAAAUUUCGGUCGAAACUUUUUUGGAACGUCUAAGUGUUUUCGAAGAAAAUAAGUUAUUCUACACAAAACUAAUAAAACAAUAGAGUUUUCAUUGGUUUAUAUAAAGAGAUUUCAUUCGACUCUUGCUGCAGGUAAAAUUACGCAAAAUCGAAAGCAUUGGCAAGAUGACUCAAAUGACACAAGAUGAAAUAAUUAGCAACACCAAAACAGUGCUACAAGGCCUCGAGGCCUUGCGUGUGGAACAUGUCUCCCUGAUGACUGGAAUGGGGGAAGCGCAUCGGGACAAUGAAAAGUCAGAUAUUGUGCGUAAAAAUAUUGAACAUAUUGAAUUGGGGUUGUCUGAGGCGCAGGUAAUGAUGGCCUUAGCCUCGCAUUUGCAAAAUAUCGAGGCCGAAAAACAAAAGUUAAAAACACAGGUGCGACGUUUGCAUCAGGAAAAUGCUUGGUUGCGUGACGAACUCGCCAAUACACAACAAAAAUUCCAAGCAUCUGAACAGUUGGUUGCACAAUUAGAAGAGGAAAAGAAGCAUCUAGAAUUCAUGGCAUCCGUAAAGAAGUAUGAUGAUAAUCAAGAACAAGAAGAUUCAUGUGAAAAAUCACGUACCGAUCCAGUCGUCGAACUAUUUCCCGAUGAGGAGACUGAUGAGCGAAAUAACAUGUCGCCGACACCGCCAAGUCAAUUUGCCAAUCAGACCGCUGGUUAUGAGAUACCAGCACGUUUGCGUACUUUGCAUAAUUUGGUGAUUCAGUAUGCCUCACAAGGCAGGUAUGAAGUGGCGGUACCGCUUUGCAAACAAGCACUUGAGGAUUUGGAGAGGACUAGUGGUCACGACCACCCUGACGUAGCUACAAUGUUGAAUAUUCUAGCCUUAGUCUAUCGCGAUCAGAACAAAUACAAAGAAGCAGCAAAUCUACUCAACGAUGCGCUGUCUAUCCGAGGCAAAACAUUAGGGGAAAAUCAUCCAGCCGUUGCUGCAACCCUAAAUAAUUUGGCCGUUUUAUAUGGCAAGCGUGGCAAAUAUAAAGACGCAGAACCACUAUGUAAACGUGCAUUGGAAAUUCGAGAAAAAGUGCUUGGAAAGGAUCACCCAGAUGUGGCGAAGCAGCUGAAUAAUUUGGCAUUAUUAUGUCAAAAUCAGGGAAAAUACGACGAAGUCGAAAAGUAUUACCAACGUGCAUUAGAGAUUUACGAAUCGAAACUCGGCCCAGAUGAUUCGAAUGUAGCCAAAACUAAAAACAAUCUGGCCAGCUGCUAUCUGAAACAAGGCAAAUAUACAGAAGCUGAAAUCCUCUAUAAACAAGUCUUAACCCGUGCACACGAACGCGAGUUUGGUGCCAUUGACAGCAAAAAUAAGCCUAUCUGGCAGGUGGCUGAGGAACGUGAAGAACAUAAAUAUGAUAAUCGUGAUAAUACACCAUAUGGCGAAUAUGGUGGCUGGCAUAAGGCGGCGAAAGUCGAUUCUCCAACAGUUACAACAACACUAAAGAAUCUCGGUGCUCUGUACCGGCGACAGGGCAUGUUCGAGGCAGCCGAAACACUGGAGGACUGUGCGUUGCGUAGCAAAAAAGAAGCACUAGAUUUAGCGAAACAAACCAAAGUUGCAAUAUUGCUCACCAGCGGCGAAAAGCGGCGCUCAAGACAUUUCAAAGAAGAUGCUGACAAUGAUGAGAAAGGAUACAAACCUUAAGGGGUUUAGCGGUGAUGGCCGGACAGCAAUGCGCUAGACAAGCUCACCAUAUAUAAUAAAAUAAAUAAAAGAUAUAUUAAGUUUUUCUACACAAGUAACCAUAAAAAAUAUUUAUUUACUCAUUCCUUAAUAAAGUUUGUUCACGCAAAUUAA